UUUAGAACUAUGCAGCGCAAUUUCGCAUUCAUGAAUCCCACUUUCACAGUUUUGCUGUAAAUGUGAUAAUUUAGGCCGUACGAGGGGUCUAGAGGCGGAUACACACGCUGCUUUGUCCUCACCUUGGUUUUACUCGUUCUCUUCGAUACGCCGUUUUGUGCUUUCCGGGAAAGGUACAUUACAGCAGGUUCCAGUAGGGCCCACUGUGCGUAAGCUUUUCCCAACCAUGAACAUCAACAUACAAACGGGCAUGCUACUACAAAAGGAUUGGCAGCAACAACGUGCCAUUAUUCAUUAGUAUGCGACCGCUAAACUCCACCCUCACAUCCGCGCUGCGCUCUGGGUCGCUCCUCUUCCCUUGGCAGGAAGUCUUCAUGUCAGACUAUGUGAUGAAGUAUCAAAAAAAGAACAUAUGCAAAUAUACAGAAAAGGCACGUCUCCAUUGUUAGGAGACAUCUGGCUGUGUGGAGCGUACGCUGAGCGGGUCCUUCUGGAGCGUACAGUAAAAGAAGUUACGCCCGAGACGCUGCGCACGCUAACGCUCGUUCACUGAAAGCCGUGCCUCGGGCAAUCGUGAGCAGUCCCGGACGACAAAUCGGAGAAGCCUUCUGCGCCGCGUAUCUGCGACGCGUAGCGCCAUUCAUCCACCUACCCCCGAACGCGGGCGCAGACGUGAGCUUGGUCAUCUGGGCCGCGGUGGGCGGCCGCCGCUCGGACGGCGAGGCGUUCCGCAAGCUGGCCGUUCAGCGACGCUACCGCGUCGAGUUCUCGGAGAACGCGGCCCGCUGGCUGCUGCAGUACGGCUUCGACGGCCUGGUGCUGCACUGGCCGAACCCCAUGGGCGACCAGGACCGCCAGGCGUUGGGCACCUUCCUGCGCACGCUGCGCCGGCGCCUCUCGGCCGACGGCCAGCGCCUCGCCGUCGUGGUGCCCGCCGACAAGGCGGAGCGCAACGCGGGAUUCGACGUGCAGGACAUCAUAAACCUGGUGGACGUGAUGUUUGUGGAGACCCACCGCACCAUGGAGCCGGCGACGUUCCCCGUGACGAGCUUCUACAGCCCGCUGCGCGUCAAGACGCAGGCCAAGCGCCGGGGACAGACGGGCCUGUCGCACGUGCUGGGCGACAUGUCACUCGAGCUCACCCAGAUGGACAAGGUCGUCUUCGGCGUCACGCUCGCCGGGGCCUCCUUCACGCUCAAGAACGUCGCCGCCAACAAGGCGGGCGACCCGUCGGCGGGUCCGGGCAAGCCCGGACUGUUCACCCGCCAGCCGGGCACGCUGAGCCACUACGAACUGGAGCAGAUGCUGGCGCACGAUCUGAGCUGGUCGCGCCAGUUCGACCGGGUCGCCCAGUGCUCGUACGUCGUCAACGGCGACCAGUGGGUGGGCUUCGAGGACGACGUGUCGCUGCAGAGCAAGGCCCACCUGCUACUCUUCACGGGCGGCAUCGCCGUUUGGGACAUCUGCAUGGACGACUUCCGGGGCACCUUCGGCCGGCCGCUGCUAGCCCGCGCGCGGGACAUCCUGCUGCGGAACCACACCUUCGGUCACAGCCUGCGCGCCAAGGGCCGCCUCGGGUGAACCGACGGCGCGCUGAAACUCCGCUGCUCGUCACGACGUGCCACGCGCAAGCGUGAUGUGCUGCGUUCAGAAAACACGGGUGUUGUGCGCCCGUGCAUAUUAUAGACUCAUUUGGCGGCUGGGACGGCGAGCGCUGAACUCCAGCGAGACCGCAAAGCUGCGCGCGCCUUGUUUAAUGGUCUACGGCGCACUCAACUUGCGCUUAGUGUUUCUAGGCGUGUGGACGUUGCUUUCCCGCAUUGUUCUUACGCGUAUGUGUGGGACAGCGAGCGUGCCCGUGAGAAAAUGUUGUACGGUAACCUAGUAGAAAUGCCAACGUGUUUCGUUUACGCAU